GAGCGAUCGUGGGGCGAAAGGGAACCCCGCAGUUUCCACCGCCAAAUUUCGCUGGAGUCACACCUCCCGCAGGCACGCCUCCGCGCUCGGAGACCCGGCACAAGAUGGCGGCGAGUCACUUGAUUAUGGAAGAUUCUCACAAGAAUAACACUUCAGAGACAACAUCUCAGCCGGGCUCAACGGUACAGGGAGCACAUAUUUCUCAUAUCGCCCAACAGAUGUCAUUAAGAGGAUCUGCGCCAGUGACAAUUGUACCUCUUCCUGGAGAGCAAGUACAGGUUCAGGGGGUCAUCCAGACAGCUCAGUCUUCUGUAAUUCACCCACCACACGUGCAAACGGUGUCAUCUUUGUCAGAAAGUGAGGAGUCUCAGGACUCAUCCGACAGCAUAGGCUCCUCACAGAAAGCCCACGGGAUCCUAGCACGGCGUCCAUCUUACAGAAAAAUUUUGAAAGACCUAUCUUCUGAAGAUACACGGGGCAGAAAAGGAGACGGAGAAAACCCUGGAGUUUCUGCUGUCACUUCUAUGUCUGUUCCAACUCCCAUCUAUCAGACUAGCAGCGGACAGUACAUUGCCAUUGCCCCAAAUGGAGCCUUACAGUUGGCCAGUCCAGGCACAGAUGGAGUACAGGGUCUGCAAACAUUGACCAUGACAAACUCGGGCAGUACUCAGCAAGGUACAACGAUUCUUCAAUACGCGCAGACCUCUGAUGGACAGCAAAUACUUGUGCCCAGCAACCAGGUGGUCGUACAGACUGCAUCGGGAGAUAUGCAGACCUAUCAAAUCCGUACCACCCCUUCAGCUACUUCACUGCCACAAACUGUGGUGAUGACAUCUCCUGUGACUCUUACAUCUCAGACAACCAAGACAGAUGACCCCCAAUUGAAAAGAGAAAUAAGAUUGAUGAAAAACAGAGAAGCUGCUCGAGAAUGUCGCAGAAAAAAGAAAGAAUAUGUGAAAUGCCUGGAAAAUCGAGUUGCAGUCCUGGAAAAUCAAAAUAAAACUCUAAUAGAAGAACUGAAAACUUUGAAGGACCUUUAUUCCCAUAAAAGUGUUUGAUUCUUAAGAAAGAUAUUUUUGCAGACUUGCAUAAAAAUUAGAUUUCUUUUUAGUGGAGUUUUAUAAAUUAAAAGGUCAAAAGUGAAGCUUUUUACUUAGGCUUUUGCAACUCACAGAUAUGCAAGAGAUCUGGUGACAGGAUGAAGUGGAAAAUUACCUUGAAGACGCUACUGGUACAACUGGAAGCUUUAUAAAAAUUGAAAAUAUUCAAGGAGGAGGAAAUGAACUUGAAUUUUCUAAAUAACAAUAGUUGUCAAUCCAAAAACAGCAAAUAAGAGGAAAUUUGGUAAAUUGAGUUUUUUAAAAUAAUUCAGUUUACCUUAUGUUUGCAUUUCUCACUGUUUCCUGAAAUUUACCUUUUUCAGUUGUGUGUGUGUGUAUUUUAUUUCUGCCAAUAAAUUCUAAAAUGACAAAUGUAAAAACUAAUACAUUACUAAAUAUCUAAAUUAUGUGUUCUGAUUAUGUAUACUUGUUCUAUUGUCAGACCUUUUAAAUGGAUUUUCAGAACUUUAUUUGUUGGACUUGAGAGGAUUUUGAAACUGUGUUCAUUAUUUUUGAGGUCUUGUCCUAAAAGGCAUCUAAGGUACAUGAGUGGAAUGUAGUGAUUUGUAACAUUUUUUUAUGAGAAUGAAAAGAAAGCUAUAUAAAAGUAUCAAACUUUUAAAUAGUUUUUGUUGCUUACUCUGGUAAUGGUGAUUUUCUACAAAUGUAUAAUAAACUUUUGAUUCUAUAUUCUGUAUGCAAUUAAAUAUCCAUCGCUUACUCUGUUCUGCUUUAAUAGAAUGGAAUGUUUACAGGCCCUUAAAAUAUUUUUUGAAAACCUUUAAGAUGCAUACCAAAGUUUUUCCAAGAGGAUUUUAUAAUCAAUUUAAAUGUAAGGUUUAUCAGAUUUAAAAAUAGUACAGUUAUUAAGGCAACCCUAUGUUAGAGACUAUUUUGUAAUGUAGUGAAUGGUACCUUUAUAAGAAAAGUGACUGCCAAUAUAUUUUUAUAGCUAAUCUUUAUAAAUUCUAAUGUUGAGUUUUUAAUGAUUAUUUUAAAUGUUUAUACAGUUUGUUUAGUAAAAAAAAUUUACAUCUCAAAGUAUCAUUUUUAUAUAAUGGGAAGUAAAGUUUUAGAUUGGCUAAUAUUUGAACUGUAAGUUUUAUAUGCAGUUUUAUCAAAAGUUUGAAAAUGCUGUCAGUACAAGUGUUUAACCUCUGUAUUUUCAUUUGUAUACAAUUUGAAACUGUACUGCAAAACUAUUGUGUACUUCUUAUACAAUAUGUAUCAUAUUAUUGUCUAUGAAAUUAAAGGAUAUUUGAUAAAAUUA